CCGCCGCCGAAGAUGGCCGAGAACUUGCUGGACGGCCCGCCCAACCCCAAGCGGGCCAAACUCAGUUCGCCCGGCUUCCCGGCGAGUGACAGCACAGAUUAUGGAACAUUGUUUGACUUGGAGAAUGAUCUUCCCGACGAGCUGAUCCCCAACGGAGGAGACUUGGGCCUUAUAAACAAUGCGAACCUUGUUCCAGACGCUGCUUCCAAACAUAAACAACUGUCGGAGCUUCUGCGUGGAAGCAGCGGCUCAAGCAUCAACCCGGGAAUCGGAAAUGUGAGCGCCGGCAGCCCGGCGCAGCAAGGCCUGGGCGGUCCAGCUCCGGGGCAGCCGAACAGUGCGAGUAUGGCCAGCCUGGGUGCCAUGGGCAAGAGCCCUCUGAGCCAGGGAGAUGCUUCCGCGCCCAGCCUGCCCAAGCAGGCAGCCAGCACCUCUGGGCCCACUCCCCCUGCUUCCCAAGCACUGAAUCCGCAAGCACAAAAGCAGGUGGGGCUGGUGAGCAGCAGCCCUGCCACGGCGCAGCCCGGCCCUGGCAUCUGCAUGAACGCUAACUUCAACCAGACGCACCCCGGCCUCCUCAACAGUAACUCUGGCCACAGCUUGAUGAACCAGGCCCCGCAAGGGCAGGCGCAAGUCAUGAAUGGAUCUCUGGGGGCUGCCGGCAGAGGAAGGGGGGCUGGGAUGCCAUACCCUGCCCCGGCCAUGCAGGGGGCCACGGGCAGUGUGCUGGCCGAGACGUUGACACAAGUGUCGCCACAGAUAGCCAGUCAUGGACUGAACACGGCACAGGCGGGAGGCAUGACCAAGAUGGGAAUGACUGGUAACACGAGUCCCUUUGGACAACCCUUCAGUCAGACUGGAGGGCAGCAGAUGGGAGCCCCUGGAGUGAACCCUCAGUUAUCCAACAAGCAGAACAUGGUCAAUAGCUUGCCUCCCUUCCCUGCGGACAUCAAGAAUGCUUCAGUCACCAACGUGCCAAACAUGUCUCAGCUGCAAACAGCAGUGGGAAUUGUACCCACACAAGCAAUUGCUACGGGCCCCACAGCAGAUCCUGAGAAACGCAAACUGAUACAGCAGCAGCUGGUCCUUCUGCUUCACGCGCAUAAAUGUCAGAGGCGAGAACAAGCGAACGGAGAGGUCCGAGCCUGCUCUCUCCCGCAUUGCCGCACCAUGAAGAAUGUUCUGAAUCACAUGACACACUGUCAGGCUGGGAAAGCCUGUCAAGUUGCCCAUUGUGCAUCUUCACGACAAAUCAUCUCUCAUUGGAAGAACUGCACACGACAUGACUGUCCUGUUUGCCUCCCUUUGAAAAAUGCCAGUGACAAGCGAAACCAACAAACCAUCCUGGGGUCUCCGGCAAGUGGGAUUCAGAACACGAUUGGUUCUGUCGGCACAGGCCAGCAGAAUGCCACUGCGUUAAGUAACCCGAAUCCCAUAGACCCCAGCUCCAUGCAGCGAGCAUAUGCUGCCCUCGGACUGCCCUACCUGAACCAGCCCCAGACGCAGCUGCAGCCUCAGGUUCCUGGCCAGCAACCAGCACAGCCUCCAACUCACCAGCAGAUGCGGACACUCAACCCUCUGGGAAAUAACCCAAUGAACAUUCCAGCAGGAGGAAUAACCACAGAUCAGCAGCCACCAAACCUGAUUUCUGAAUCAGCACUUCCAGCUUCUCUUGGCGCCACAAACCCGCUGAUGAAUGACGGCUCCAACUCGGGCAGCAUCGGGACCCUCAGCACCAUCCCCACAGCGGCACCUCCUUCCAGCACCGGCGUCCGGAAGAGUUGGCACGAACAUGUCACUCAGGACCUGCGUAGCCAUCUAGUGCAUAAGCUAGUCCAAGCCAUCUUCCCGACCCCUGAUCCUGCAGCCCUGAAGGAUCGCCGCAUGGAGAACCUGGUAGCUUAUGCCAAGAAAGUGGAGGGGGACAUGUACGAGUCGGCCAAUAGCAGGGAUGAGUACUAUCACUUACUAGCAGAAAAAAUCUACAAGAUACAGAAAGAGCUUGAAGAAAAACGGCGGUCACGUUUACACAAACAAGGCAUUUUGGGUAGCCAGCCAGCCUUACCAGCCCCGGGGGCUCAGCCUCCCGGGAUCCCGCAGCCGCAGCCUGUGAGAGCGCCAAAUGGGCCCAUGCAGCUGCCGGUGAAUCGCAUGCAGGUUUCUCAAGGGAUGAAUUCGUUUAACCCCAUGUCCUUGGGGAAUGUACAGCUGCCACAAGCGCCCAUGGGACCACGCACCGCAUCAUCCCCCAUGAACCACUCUGUCCAGAUGAACAGCAUGGGCUCUGUGCCUGGGAUGACCAUUUCUCCUUCCCGGAUGCCCCAGCCUCCGAACAUGAUGGGCACGCAUGCCAAUAAUAUGAUGGCCCAGGCACCUACCCAGAACCAGUUUCUGCCACAGAACCAGUUUCCAUCCUCCAGUGGGGCAGGGAUGAGCGUGAACAGCACUGGCCUGGGGCAGCCAGCGGCCCAGACAGGCGUGUCUCAGGGGCAGGUGCCUGGUGCUGCUCUUCCCAAUCCUCUGAACAUGCUUGGGCCCCAGGCCAGCCAGCUCUCCUGCCCACCAGUGACACAGUCACCCUUGCACCAGACACCACCUCCUGCUUCCACAGCCGCAGGCAUGCCGUCUCUCCAGCAUCCGACAGCGCCUGGGAUGACCCCUCCCCAGCCACCAGCAUCCACCCAGCCAUCAACUCCAGUGUCUUCUUCUGGGCAAACUUCCACCCCAACUCCAGGCUCAGUGCCCAGUGCUAGCCAAACCCAGAGCACACCGACGGUCCAGGCUACAGCCCCGGCGCAGGUGACCACACAGCCUCAGACUCCUGUCCAGCCUCCAUCCGUGGCCACUCCUCAGUCAUCACAACAGCAGCCGACCCCCGUGCACACCCAACCUCCUGGCACGCCGCUUUCCCAGGCAGCAGGCAGCAUCGAUAACCGGGUCCCCACGCCGUCCUCCGUGACCAGUGCUGAAACCAGCUCUCAGCAGCCAGGAGCCGAGAUGCUGGAGAUGAAGGCCGAGAUCAAGACGGAGGACGCCGAGCCUGACGCCAGUGAGCCCAAAGGAGAGCCUGGCUCUGCGAUGAUGGAGGAGGAUUUGCAAGGAUCUUCUCAAGUUAAAGAAGAAGCGGACACCGCGGAGCAGAAGUCGGAACCAAUGGAGGUGGAUGACAAGAAGCCGGAGGUGAAGACAGAAGCGAAGGAGGAGGAGGAGAGCAGCGGCAACGGCGCGGCCUCCCAGUCCACGUCCCCUUCGCAGCCCCGCAAGAAAAUUUUCAAGCCAGAGGAACUGCGCCAGGCUCUCAUGCCAACGCUGGAAGCGCUGUAUCGACAGGACCCAGAGUCCUUACCGUUUCGGCAGCCCGUCGAUCCCCAGCUCCUAGGAAUCCCGGAUUAUUUUGACAUUGUGAAGAAUCCUAUGGACCUCUCCACCAUUAAGCGGAAGUUGGACACGGGACAAUAUCAAGAACCCUGGCAGUAUGUGGAUGACGUCUGGCUUAUGUUCAACAAUGCCUGGCUCUAUAACCGGAAGACGUCUCGGGUCUAUAAGUUCUGCAGUAAACUCGCAGAGGUCUUUGAGCAAGAAAUUGACCCUGUGAUGCAGUCCCUUGGGUACUGCUGUGGACGAAAGUAUGAGUUCUCCCCACAGACUCUGUGCUGCUAUGGGAAGCAGCUCUGUACGAUUCCUCGGGACGCAGCCUAUUACAGCUACCAAAAUAGGUAUCAUUUCUGUGAGAAGUGUUUCACAGAGAUCCAGGGGGAGAAUGUUACCCUGGGUGACGACCCAUCACAGCCCCAGACGACAAUUUCAAAGGAUCAGUUUGAAAAGAAAAAGAAUGAUACCUUAGAUCCUGAACCUUUUGUUGAUUGCAAGGAGUGUGGCCGGAAGAUGCAUCAGAUUUGUGUCCUGCACUAUGAUAUCAUUUGGCCUUCGGGCUUUGUGUGUGACAACUGCUUGAAGAAAACUGGCAGAACGCGGAAAGAAAACAAAUUUAGUGCUAAGAGACUGCAGACCACGAGGCUGGGGAACCACUUGGAAGAUCGGGUCAACAAGUUUCUGCGGCGACAGAACCACCCUGAAGCCGGGGAGGUGUUUGUCCGGGUGGUGGCCAGCUCCGACAAGACGGUGGAGGUCAAACCCGGCAUGAAGUCACGAUUCGUGGAUUCUGGGGAGAUGUCGGAGUCUUUCCCGUACCGAACCAAAGCACUCUUUGCUUUCGAGGAGAUUGACGGCGUGGACGUGUGCUUCUUCGGGAUGCACGUGCAGGAGUACGGCUCCGACUGCCCGCCUCCCAACACCAGGCGAGUCUACAUCUCUUACCUGGACAGUAUUCAUUUCUUCCGGCCCCGCUGCCUCAGGACCGCUGUCUACCAUGAGAUUCUUAUUGGAUACUUAGAGUAUGUGAAGAAGUUAGGAUAUGUGACAGGACACAUCUGGGCCUGUCCCCCAAGUGAAGGAGAUGACUACAUCUUCCACUGCCACCCCCCUGAUCAAAAGAUCCCCAAACCCAAACGCCUGCAGGAGUGGUACAAGAAGAUGCUGGACAAGGCGUUUGCAGAGCGAAUCAUUCACGACUACAAGGACAUUUUCAAACAGGCGACUGAAGAUAGGCUGACAAGUGCCAAGGAGCUGCCGUACUUUGAAGGGGACUUUUGGCCCAAUGUGCUGGAAGAGAGCAUCAAAGAGCUGGAGCAGGAGGAGGAGGAGAGGAAGAAGGAAGAGAGCACUGCAGCAAGUGAGACCACGGAGGGCAGCCAGGGAGACAGCAAGAACGCCAAGAAGAAGAACAACAAGAAAACCAACAAGAACAAGAGCAGUAUCAGCCGAGCCAACAAGAAGAAGCCCAGCAUGCCCAAUGUGUCCAACGACUUGUCCCAGAAGCUCUACGCCACCAUGGAGAAGCACAAGGAGGUCUUCUUUGUGAUCCAUCUCCACGCUGGGCCUGUCAUCAACACGCUGCCCCCCAUCGUCGACCCCGACCCCUUGCUCAGCUGUGACCUCAUGGACGGGCGCGACGCCUUCCUCACGCUGGCCCGAGACAAGCACUGGGAGUUCUCGUCCCUGCGCCGCUCCAGAUGGUCCACGCUGUGCAUGCUUGUGGAGCUGCACACACAGGGCCAGGACCGCUUUGUCUACACCUGCAACGAGUGCAAGCACCACGUGGAGACGCGCUGGCACUGCACCGUGUGCGAGGAUUACGAUCUCUGCAUCAACUGCUACAACACCAAGAGCCACACCCACAAGAUGGUGAAGUGGGGCCUGGGCCUGGACGAUGAGGGCGGCAGCCAGGGCGAGCCGCAGUCCAAGAGCCCGCAGGAGUCCCGGCGCCUGAGCAUCCAGCGCUGCAUCCAGUCGCUGGUGCACGCCUGCCAGUGCCGCAACGCCAACUGCUCGCUGCCGUCCUGCCAGAAGAUGAAGCGCGUCGUGCAGCACACCAAGGGCUGCAAGCGCAAGACCAAUGGCGGCUGCCCGGUGUGCAAGCAGCUCAUCGCCCUCUGCUGCUACCAUGCCAAACACUGCCAAGAGAACAAGUGCCCCGUGCCCUUCUGCCUCAACAUCAAACACAAGCUCCGCCAGCAGCAGAUCCAGCACCGCCUGCAGCAGGCCCAGCUCAUGCGCCGGCGGAUGGCCACCAUGAACACCCGCAACGUGCCUCAGCAGAGCCUGCCUUCCCCUACCUCAGCGCCGCCCGGGACCCCCACGCAGCAGCCCAGCACGCCCCAGACGCCACAGCCCCCCACCCAGCCCCAGCCGUCCCCCGUCAGCAUGGCCCCGGCCGGCUUCCCCAGCGUGGCCCGGACUCAGCCCCCCACCACGGUGUCCGCUGGGAAGCCCAGCAGCCAGGUGCCCGCCCCGCCGCCCCCCGCCCAGCCCCCUCCAGCCGCGGUGGAGGCGGCCCGGCAGAUUGAGCGCGAGGCCCAGCAGCAGCAGCACCUGUACCGGGUGAACAUCAACAACGGCAUGCCCCCAGGGCGCGCGGGCAUGGUGGCCCCCGUGGGCCUGAACGUGCCCCGGCCUGGCCAGGUCAGCGGGCCGGUCAUGCCCAACAUGCCCCCCGGGCAGUGGCAGCAGGCACCCCUCCCCCAGCAGCAGCCGCUGCCCGGCCUGCCCAGGCCAGUGAUGGCCAUGCAGACCCAGCCAUCAGUGGCCGGGCCCCGGAUGUCCAGCGUGCCGCCGCCCAGGAGCAUCUCUCCCGGCGCCCUCCAGGACCUGCUGCGGACCCUGAAGUCGCCCAGCUCCCCGCAGCAGCAGCAGCAGGUGCUCAACAUCCUCAAGUCCAACCCACAGCUGAUGGCAGCUUUCAUCAAGCAGCGCACGGCCAAGUACGUGGCCAGCCAGCCCGGCCUGCAGGCCCAGCCCGGCCUCCAGCCCCAGCCGGGCCUGCAGCCCCAGCCGGGCCUGCACCAACAGCCUGGCCUGCAGAACCUGAACGCCAUGCAGGCUGGCGGGCCGCGGCCCGGAGUGCCCCCGCAGCAGCAGGCCCUGGGCGGCCUGAACCCCCAGGGCCAGGCCCUGAACAUCCUGAACCCCGGGCACAACCCCAGCAUGGCGAGCAUGAACCCACAGUACAGAGAGAUGCUGCGGCGCCAGCUGCUCCAGCAGCAGCAGCAGCAGCAGACACCGCCACCGCCUCCAGGCAGUGCGGGCAUGGCCGGGGGCAUGGCCGGGGGCAUGGCCGGGCACAGCCAGUUCCAGCAGCCCCCGGGACCUGGCGGCUACCCCCCAGCCAUGCCGCAGCAGCGGCUGCAGCAGCACCUCCCCAUCCAGGGUAGCUCCAUGGGGCAGAUGGCGGCUCCCAUGGCACAGCCAGGGCUGGGCGCUGACAGCGCCCCCAGCAUCCAGCAGGCCCUGCAGCAGCGGAUUCUGCAGCAGCAGCAGAUGAAGCAGCAGAUCGGCUCGCCCGGCCAGCCGAACCCCAUGAGCCCCCAGCAGCACAUGCUCUCAGGACAGCCACAGGCCUCGCACCUCCCCGGCCAGCAGAUGGCCACGUCCCUCAGUAGCCAGGUGCGGUCUCCGGCCCCUGUGCAGUCUCCACGGCCCCAGUCCCAGCCUCCACAUUCCAGCCCGUCGCCACGGAUACAGCCCCAGCCUUCACCACACCACGUCUCGCCCCAGACUGGCUCCCCCCACCCAGGACUUGCCGUCACCAUGGCCAGCUCCAUAGAUCAGGGACACUUGGGGAACCCCGAACAGAGUGCAAUGCUCCCACAGCUCAACACCCCCAACAGGAGUGCGCUGUCCAGUGAGCUGUCCCUGGUCGGCGACACCACAGGAGACACCCUAGAAAAGUUCGUGGAGGGCUUGUAGCAUUGAGAGCGCGCCGCGGCCCGCGCCGUCCUCGGACCUUUUGUACUGGACCCCGGCGUCUAGGCUCCUUUGUUCCUAGAUGGAACUGCUUCUUCCAUGCCCCGGAAGGGUCGACCGCUGUUCAAAGAAACAAUACAAAGAAUAUAUUUUUUGUUAAAAACCAGUUGAUUUAAAUAUCUGGUCUCUCUCUCUCUCGCUCUUUUUGUUUUUGUUUUUUCGUUUUUGUUUUGGGGGGAGGGGGGUUUUGUUUGGAUUCCUUUCACCCUCAUUGGUGGUGACUCAUGCCUUUUUUUAACGGGAAAAACACGUUCAUUAUAUUCAUAUUUUUUAUUUGUAUUUUCAAGACUUUAAACAUUUAUGUUUAAAAGUGAGAAGAAAAAUAAUAUUCAGAAACUGAUCCUGAAAUAAUGCAAGCUUAUAAUGUAUCCCGGUAACUUUCAGACGUUGCGGGAAGAUUCUUUUCUAUGGUGAACUCUGUGGGCGUCUCCAAGUACUACCCUGGACGUUAGCAUCGGCCCCUGCGCGCACACGCACACACCCACACACACGUCUAUCUAUACAGACUGGCCGAAGCCAAACUCUUGUCUUGCAGAUGUAGAAUUUGUUGCUUUGUUUCUCCGAUAAAACUGGUUUUAGACAAAAAAAUAGGGCUGAUCACACUCUCUUAGACCAUGCUGAUGUUACUAGAGGAAAGGCGUUCUUUCUAUUCUUCCAUGUGAAACUUGAAAUGAGGAAAAGCAAUUCUAGUGUAAAUCAUGCAAGCGCUAUAAUUACUAUAAAUAAGAAAAUUCAAGGAGAUUCAAUCACUGUAUAGAAUGGUAAAGUACCAACUCAUUUCUUAUAUCAUAUUGUUAAAUAAACUGUGUGCAACAGACAAAGGGUGGUCCUUGAAUUCAUCUACAUGGUGUUAACACUUCGUGUUGGGGGGUUUUUGUUAUGAAAAUGGCUGUUUUCAACAUUGUAUUUGGACUAUGCAUGUGUUUUUUUCCCCAUUGUAUAUAAAGUAUCGCUUAAAAUUGAUAUAAAUUACUGAAGUUUUUAACAUGUA